CGCUUGUCCAAAACAAAACAAAAAUGAGUUGGUUGCGUUUGAAAACUUGGACAUUGUUUUGCAUAACUCUUAUCGUUAUAUCAUUGCAAAUUUGCUUGGCCGGCUACUACGCGGACAAUGGCAUGGACCAAACGAUCAUCUACCGUACACUGCCCAAGUCCGAGAAGCGGGAAAUGCAGCAGGAAAUCCUCAACCUGCUCGGCUUCAACCAAAGACCAAAACCCAAGCUACACGAACGCAAGUACUCGGCUCCCCGCUAUCUGCUCGACCUGUACAACUCGUUCAAAGACGAGGACGACGGGGAGAUCAAGCUAGACGCGUCCAAGGCGCACAACGAAUUCCUAACCAACAACCAGAGCCUUCGGGUCAUCAACGAUUCGGAUGUAAUCAUGAGCUUUCUGAACCACGCGCACCACCAUUCACCGCACCUACGGCACGACAACGAGAGGAGGUUCUGGUUCGACGUGAGCGAGGUGUCGCCGCAAGAGAGGAUUAUCAAGGCGGAGCUGAACCUGUACAGGGACGCCCAGGCGGGGAGCUCGUCUGUCGGCCACUCCUGCAACCUGCAGAUCAACGUGCUCAGGCACGGCAGCAAGAUCGAAGACAUCAUUCUCGAACCCGUGGACAAUCUGACAAUCGAUGACAAGAGCCACGGGUGGCUGACAUUCAACGUCACAGAACCGCUCAUUACGUGGAUUGCAUUUCCCCGAGAGAAUAUGGGAUUGCUUCUGCAGAUUCAUUGUGACAAAACAGGGCACGAAGUGCACCCACACGACCUGGGUCUGGUGAGUGCUGGAGGGCGGAGCGACCAGCAGCCGUUCAUGGUGGCAUUCCUCAAAAGCUCGGGCCAAGCCCACAGCCGUGUGCCACGGGCAACGCGCAAGCGGCACAGCGCCGACGUCAGCUACAGCGACCUAGACGAGCGUCCUUAUUUCGACACGCGGCCGAGCGGGCGCAGAAACAGCUGCCAAAAGCGCAACCUGUUUGUCAGCUUUCGGGACCUUGGUUGGCAGGACUGGAUCAUUGCACCGGACGGCUACGCGGCCUUCUACUGCCACGGGGAGUGCUCAUUCCCGCUGAACCGCAACGCGACCAACCAUGCCAUCGUCCAGACCCUGGUGCAUCUGGUGGACCCCACGCAGGCGCCCAAGCCCUGCUGCGCCCCGACGCGCCUCUCGGCCAUCAUGGUACUCUACUUCGACGACAACUCUAACGUCAUCCUCAAGCGCUACAAGAACAUGGUGGUCAAAGCCUGUGGCUGCCACUGAUCGCCACCCCGCCGUCUGCGUGCCGUGACGAACCAUGCAAGUUCCCGGGCACCGUCGAGGAACGCAGCAACAGACAACUCGUUCCUUGGCGCAUAUAACUUCAGUGUUUGACGGCGGAGGUUCAAGACCCGAGGCUGCGCAUCAGUUUCCAAAUGAAGCAUCGACUGCAACCAAGCUGUGCUUAGUAAUUGUUACUCUGGCAAAAAGAGAUAAAAGAAGUCAAGGUACUUGAGCAACCUUCCGGUUCCUAAGAGCCACGUUUGGAGGGCCAGGCUCUAAGCUGCGCUUCGCUUUGCCCGUUGUCUUCCUGUCUGGUAACAUCUUUGCCACACGUGUGUCGUAUAUGUAAGUGUUGAAGUAGUGCCAUAUUGAAAGUGACCCUUGCUGCGAGUACAAGGGGAGUUGUUGAGGUGUCCUGGUUGGGAGGCGACCCUAUGGCCUAUUUAGUAGUGCCAACAGCGAAGCUGUUUCUUGUCUUAAGUCGGCUUUCUUUUUUUUUUCUUAUUUUAAUAUUGUUCGGUGCUGCUGGCUUGUCGGAACAAAAAGUUGCGGGUCAGUUGUCAGCUGAGACGUAGUUCAAGGUUUACCGGUCGUGCGUACUAGACAGCCUACGUCGUCACAUUUGUGGUGAGCACAUCGACGACUUUUGUCUUGCAUUGCCUUUACUUAAUGGUCUCAUUGCCCCUUUCAAUAACUCAGUGAGGGUUCCAAAGCUUUGCGAUGCGGCAAAAAAGCAAAUACUUAAUUACUGAGGUUGCACCGUGGAAUUGUUUUUGAACCUCAUCAUCCUUGGAGAAUGACAUGGGCUCUGAUGUGUUGCAGUGACCACAAUCGUAGUUGUAGCCCAGUCACACUUGCCACAGCCCUAUCAUUGCCUGUGGUGGUAUUCUCUCAAGCUCAAGGCCAUUUGACGAGAGACUUUCAUUUACCACAGUCACGAAAAUACGUUUUCUUCAAUUCAUUAAGCCAUGACAUAGUUAGUCGAACCAAAGGUUUCAAACCCUGGUCCAGUUUUGAAUUUAGUCCUGCAGUAGUAAACUCUUUCUUAAACAAUAGAAUUCAAGAUUUUUUUUUUUUUUUGUUCUAAUAUAAGUUGUUUUAGAGUUUCCAGAAAGUAUUUCAGCGGUUAAUCUUUCAACGUCGUUGUUACACUUGUUACACAUUGGUUAACUAUAACAUGUGGGCAGUGACUGGAAGGAUAUAUAGAUGGAUACAUUUGAGCCCCCUUAGCCAUGUGGUGGCAUUCAUCUCGUAGCCAGUGUUCUCAGCUUUAUUGGCUAGUACCCAUCUGAUGUGCAAGAUGUUAAAGUCCGUAGUGCCAGUGCCAUACAGCAAGCAUUUCCGGAAACAUUGUGUGAGAAGAAAGGACGUGAUCACCAUGUUGAAGACCGUUCUUUGCCAGCAUUCACAGUGUUUUGAGCUGGUUGUUUUAUGCAACAGAAAACGGCCACAGCUGGUAUGUUACAGCAAACAAAGUCUACCAUAGUACUCAUUUACCUUCCUGGGAUUUCCUAACACACAUUUUUCUUAACAGCUUUAAAGAAAAAUGGGCCAUUGUAAUGCAAUAGCGUUUAAUAGCAAACCACUUCCUGUUUGGGGGAUAACAGACACGCAAUACUCGAUGCCUGCUUUUUAGCUGUGUUGAAUGUACCUUCUUCAACUGUCACAGGUGGGGCAGAAAUGUACCUUCUUGAACUGUCACAAGCAAGCCACAAAUACAGAAUGAGUGUCUCUGGGUGUUCUUUUGUUUGAGACGUUUGUUUUGCAUUUGUUGCUCGUUUGUGUGAGAACCUUGGGAUCGAGGUGCUGGGUUAAAUAUUUGUUAAAAAUUUGUUGUUACUUUUUCUUACAAAAAAGAAAAAAAACCUGCAAUUUUGUUUUGAAUUUGUACGGUUCCUGGAGUGCCUGAAGUGAGCUCCUCUUGUGUUCAUGUUCUUUUUAUGUUGCCAGGUGUUUUGUAGAGUCUGACUGCAACCGUUUCCGGCUUGCUGGUGCAACACGGUACUUGCCUUAAACAGGGGUCCAGUUUUUACCCCCUAUUUUUUGCAUGCGAUUGGAAGGAUGUUUUGACGUGUGGUGACCCAUAUCAUUGAGCUGCCAUUCAGAAUGUGCCAUGUUUUUUGUGCUAUUUGAUGGCCAACAGGCAUGUAGUAGGCUUUCAGGCCCUGUGGAACUUAACGUGAGCAGUCUGGAUCAAGUACUUUACCAUGCAUUUUUUUUAAGGAUUUGUAUUUUUAUAUUUGCAUGUGCUUUUUUUUUUUAUCUGUUAUCCAGUGAUAUUAGCUGUUUUUACUAUUUUGUUUCAUGAUAUUCAUUCAUGUGUUUUAAAGAUGUAUUUUUAUUACUUCCUUUUUUUUUUUAUUACUUUAGUAUGCAUUUUACAGGGAGAGAGUUUGAAGAGUAUAAUGCUUCAAAUGUUGCAUUUGGCAUUGAAUAAAUAUUUUUUUUACAUAAGUU